GUGCUUCAGUUGUCAACGACAUCUGCAACUGCAGGGUACUCCGUACUGAGGGCAGAAAGUGGUGCGAUGUCGGUCGCGUUUCAAAGCACAAAAGUGUGCCCACCGCCGGCGUAGCUACUUGAGCUAAGUGCCCCUUAUAGCCGCGAUUCCCGAGUGACGCCUGUGCGGUUCCAAGUUCCAAUUUGAUCCCAUGGAUGUUCUGGAUGUGCAUAGUCAUGCAGUCGGGUACCUGGGGAAUUCAACAACCUGGGAAAGGGCGCGCGAACCUCUUUACGUUCCGUUCUUGACGAGAAACCGGAGACACUCAUUUGUUGGCCUGUUUGAGCUUGUCGUACUCGUCCAUUUCCGCAUUUCCCGUUCCGUUCUGAAUACAGUAACCUACAUAUAACUCCGCGUCAGCCCUUCCAAGAUUUCUUUUGAUGCCUUCGCUGGGGUGCAGGCGAGGCCCAGGGCUCCCUCUGGAGCGCCUGUGUUCUGUUACGCCUGCCGCGUCACGUCUGCGUCCAAGAAGGGCACGGAGCCAUCAGCCUCCAUUUAUUAGCCCACCAGGGACACAUCACCCACAACCCGAAGCCGUGCGGAUCUACCAGACACUCCCCGACUGCCGGGCAUUUACAAACCGUAUACGUCGCUCGUUUCACCCCGCAUUGUCGUCGUCGUCGUCGUCGUCGUCACCCCCGUCUAUAACAGUGCCGGCACCAGCAGCAGGAACAACAAGAUCCAAAGCCCUCGUCAACCGCAUCCUUACCAUGGGUUCAGGGACCCAGAUUCGAGGCCAUGCCGGCCAUUCACACCACCACCAUCACCACCAUGGCAAUGUUUACCUCACGUCACAGAAUAAAAAAGAUGCUGGUGUGCGCAUCACCCGCAUUGGCCUCUACUCUAACCUAGGCAUGGCCAUUGUCAAAGGCGCAGGCGGCUACGCCUUCAAUUCGCAGUCCAUGAUCGCCGACGCCUGGCACAGCCUGACCGAUCUCGCCUCGGACGUGCUCACAUUGGCCACAGUCUCGUGGAGCCUGCGCCCGCCAACCGAAAAGUUUCCAAUGGGCUUCGGCAAGGUGGAGAGUCUAGGGUCGCUGGGCGUGUCUAGCAUGCUGCUCUUUGGCGGGCUCUUCAUGUGCAUGAGCAGCUGCGAGUCGCUGUACGCCCACUUCAUGCUCGAUCCGGAAGCCGCUGCCGCCAUCCUGGAACACGGCCACGGCCACGGUCAUCAUCACGGACACAGCCACGGCCACGGUGCAGCUCCAAGCAUACACGCCGCUUGGCUGGCAGCAGGUACCGUGGCGGUCAAGGAGUGGUUGUACCACGCCACAAUGAAAGUGGCCCGCGAGCGUAAAUCCUCCGUUCUCGCAUCCAACGCCGUCCAUCAUCGCGUCGACUCCCUCACCGGCAUCGUCGCUCUCCUCGCCAUCCUCGGCGCCAACUUCCUCCGUGACGCCACGUGGCUGGACCCGGUGGGCGGGCUCUUCAUUUCUUUGCUGGUGAUACGCGCCGGCCUCUCCAACACGCUGUCAGCGCUCUACGAACUUGCGGACCGGUCGAUCGACGAAGAGGUACGGCACUCUGUCUCGAAGCAGGUGGCCAAGAGUUUGGAGGGCGUAUCGCAAGGUGGUGAAGUCGACCUGCGCGACGUGACAGGCAUCAAGUCCGGGCAAAACUAUCUCAUUGAUCUGGAGCUGGCUGUGCCGAGCUUGUGGACGGUCGAGGACGUGCGCGAGCUAGAAGAGGCAGUACGGACAAGAGUCGGCGCCAAGGUGAGAGGGGUCAGGAGGGUAAGAGUGCGUUUUGUGCCCAAAACAGCCCCCGUACCCGAUCGGUUCGACGAGUUUAUCCCGGGAGACGUUAGCCCAAGGACGAGUCCCGAGCCUGAGGAGGAAGAUAAUGGGAAUGGGAAUGGGAACGGGAAUGGCCAUGGCAGUGCGCACCGGAAGUCGCAAUAGGAUAUGCAUUGCAAUCGUGUUGGUUUUGAUGCCAUCAUGCAUGAUAUGAGACAUCGAGAACCGGCAAAGCUGCAGCGAAAGUAUAGUUAGUGUAGGAGACCUUACCAACAGACACCUGGUCUGGAGCCGCUCAAGAUGCCUGAUCCUGUGCAUCAGAGGCUACCGGUAAGGUAGUCAUGGUGCCCGGUGCCGCCCCACCGAGCAGUUUGAAACAAACCGACUGAACAAAGCAGGGUCUGCUGUAGUAGUGACAUCUGUGCAGAUAAGCUGCUCUUACCCAUCGAUGCAUGUAAAGAUAAAGACGUUUAUACGUGUAUAUCUAUUUGUGUAUAUAUUUACCAACCUAUCUUAAUUCUAUGUAGGA